AUGGAAGUGUUGUAUCCAGCCGUCCAGUUAGCCACAGGUCACAGAUUAUCCUUGCUUCCUGCUAUGGUGGCGGCUAUUCACAGUGGGUUACGGCAGUUAGUUUCCGCAUUCACGCAAGAGAAAAAGAAACCCUCUGCCAGUAUAUCUGUUCCGAAACUAGAAUUACCCUACACUUAUUUGAUGACAUGGUUGGUUCUGCACCGGCCAGAUUUAAUGGAAGCUCCUGAGACGGUGGAUCCUAGUCUUCCUCUUUUACAGAUCCUUGAGGGUUGCAAAUGGAUCAAACAUCGAUGGCCGGACAUAACGAGGCAGUUCAAAAUUCAUAAGUGUUGGGAAUUCUUCCCUUGCUUCCCUCGGUUCUCCGGCACUUACAACACAACUUUAUUGGAUGCUGAAGACCCGAGGCAGAACCAAUUCAUCUUCUUCCUCCAAACCUCCUCCAUUGUUUUUCUUUCAAGAGCUCCAUACCCCAAAGAAAUUCGGUUUUUUGUAUGCUCCUUCUUGGCCGAAAAUUUUCACUUUUCACUAGGGUUUCUCCCUCCACCUUCAAGCUCGGAUCUUGACUCUUGGAUUGGGGAUUUCAAGCCUCUUGAUUUGGAUUUGCAAUGUCUCCGCGUCGAUCUCGUCCCCGGAGGAGCCGUUCUCGUUCACAGCAUAGUGAGGAGGAGGUCCCCACGACAUCCUCUCCCGCGGCUUCAUUUUUCGGGGUGGAAUUUCCCGCGGGUAGCCUUCCUCCUCACGCCAACACCGGAUGUAGUCGGGAGGUUUUCUCUUCCGCUACUCUUAGGCAGGCUGUUGGCCCACUUCCUCGGUUCGACGGGGAUCGUCCAAAUGACUCUUGCCGUUCGAUACAGGAAGGAGGGCGCCAUUGCUUGCGCCAACUUAUCACAGAUGCCUCCUUCACCCCUGAUUCUACUUCCACUCAGGUUCUAAAGAAGCCGGGUUUUCUAUUUGGAGAUCAUGUCAGGGAUCCUGCCACGCUGACUCUUUGUGAGGAGCAUUGGUUAACUCUUGACGGUGGAGCCUGUUUGUACAUCCCUUCGAUUCCACGCCACUAUUCUUUCAGUCAUUUGAAGGGGCAAGCCGUGGACCGGCAGAUGUCUUGGCAUCUUACUGAAGAUGCUGAUCGGGUUCAAUGCGGAUAUGCUACUCACCAUAAGACUCCUGGCUCUGAUGGGUAUCAUGACGUGCGUGGUCUACGACCCGGGAUUAUGGGUCUUGAUACUGCA